AUGUCGCUGCUUGCAUCCGAAACUCACGCAAAGGUUGCGGCCGUUCAGAGCUCAUUAUCGGCUGUUGAAAGCCAUUUGGCUCCGCUUCUCGCUAAGAAUCCGAAGGAGGUUGCUCGCCAUCUCGGGGCCUUGGAGAAUGCUGAGCUCCAGGUGAGCCUUGCCUAUGCUGCGGCGUCCCUCUAUUUCUGCCACCUCCUGUCACAAGGAGUGGACCCAAGUGACCAUCCAAUACGGCAGGAGCUGGAUCGGAUUCAGCUCUACUUUAAGAAGGUCCGAGCGACAGCAGACGAGGCAGCCGAGAAGGAAGCUUCCCGCGACCGGAUUAGAGUUGAUGUCGAUGCCGCUAAGCGAAUUGUUCAUCAUUUUGCACAUGCUGCAGAGGCGUCCGUCCAGCGUCGCGUCGAGGCAGCUGCUGGCCGAAGCUAA